AGACUCACAUAGAAAAAUGGUCCGCAGCUCGACCGAAUUCCUGUUGUCAUUGUCUUUCCUGAUUCGAACCUGUGUGUUGUCCGUGCCACACUAUAAUAUGAAGUACCAACAGGUCUCGUCCAUCUUGACAGAUGGGGACUCAGUGGAGUUGACACUGACUUACACAGACAGAAAUCGGCUCCGGCUUCGCUGUGAUGCUAAAGGGAUUGGUGCGAAAGAAAGCUUGGUUUUGCUCGACUGUCCGCUUGUUCAUACCGGAGUAUGCAGGCAAAACUGUCUCAGCCCGUGUCCAAUAAUCGACGGUGUACCCAAUUGUCGCUGGAAUGCUGGUAGCCCAAUCAAAUCUUGUCGACAAACAAACGGCUCAGCUGACCGAGUGACAUUCGAAUACGACAUUGAACUAAGUAGUGCUGUUAAAUCCGGUCAUUGGAGAUGCAUGUUUCGUGGUCGAAGCUCAAACUCGGUUCGCUUAGAGUAUCAACCCCUUGAAACAAUAACAGUGGAAAGUUUCCCAGCGGUAGUCCCAAAACCUUUGACUAUGACAAACGCUUCAUCUGCGUUGGAUGCUGCAACACUGAACCAAGACGUUCAUUCCGGACUGCAGCUCGAAUUUGUUACGCACUUACCACUGGAAGUGCUCCUUUUUAUCCUUACGUUGGCCUGCAUAUCAAUUAUGUUCAACCUGUGGUUCAUGAUUCGUUGUUUUCGGAUGAAGUUGCACUUACGCACCGCUAUAGACGGCCCUCCGAAAUGCGGCUGGUUAGAUCAAAUUGCUUGUCUUCAUCCGCCAGUCAAAUGGGGAGAAAGAUAUUUCAUGACAGAAGCCAGAACAGGUUAUAUCCCAGCAAACCACGUCAUCUAUCCAGACACAAAUUCACUGUUAACCCAAACCCGUGUCUAUGGCAUCGCACAAUGCAACACGUUGACAACGGGUACUCCGUAUGUACCAUCAGCGAAUGCAUCCAUAACUGGGACAGCGCUUUCCAGGACUGCUAGAAUCGGUAUAAAACACCAGUCGGAUGCCGUUUACGAUGAGGUACACAACUCUGUCUACUCUUCGAGUUUGAACGGACCAGGGGGACGACGGGGGGUGGAGCACAUACAGCAGGCCCCCACAUUGUUGACGUCUGACGGACAGGAGUGGAUGUUGGACACCUCUGGACAAUUCUACCUGCCGUAUGGUCUACAGGUUCCGGCGAUUCCAGUUUAUGACCGGCGGUCAUACGGGCCCCCGGAAGCAUCUGAGUCAAAAUGUCCGCCUGCAAUAAGGCCAGGCGCAAGAGCACCAACGCCCUGUUCAGUGGAACAGGCACAGUAUUAUUCUGCUGUCAAACGUGAUGCUCCAGCACUACCAUACAGGCCAGGCAACGCCUCUUUUAAAACAGCAGAGCUGAACAAUACAUUACACACUUCCAUAGCACCAGCUGAAAGCUUCAUCGAGGAGCGUGAUCGGGUGGACACAAGUUCACUGGUAACAUUUAAACCUGCUUAUGUCGGGACCGACUCCGUUACAAAUCAAUUGAAUUCGUCCACGUCAAACCGUUCUGUAAACAUUGGAAAAGGUCGAUUCGAAGUUGCACCAUCCACGGUACAAAGGAAGCAGGCGACCUCACCUUCGGGAAAUGAUCCUGUAGGUGAUGACGGAGCGGAGUGUAUUCCCCUUCGCACACAAGAGCUAAUGCGAAAAGGACCCAAAAGUUACCUAGAGGAAUGGACAUUCAGUGAUUGAUCAGACCGAAAAUGCACUUGUUUAUCUGUGCGUAUUUCAUGAAUAGGAAUAAAUCAAUUAUAUGUCUCCUCCUUAUCUAUGUUGCAACGUGUCCCAACGGUACCUGGAGGACGAAAGGAUGUCUUAGCUGCAAAGUAGCCCAGGGUUAACAAUGGAACAAAGUAUUGCAAUUGUGUACUCGUUAUCUACAUUCACCUAUAGAUAUCCACUCGGUAUCCAGAUACCUUUUGAUAUAAGUUUCUAUGCG